UGAAUGCUACUUUGCAUGUCUAAGACGCAUCAUUAAGGCCAACACUGAACCACCACGUAUAUAUAUCCAUGUUGACGAUUCAAAUCCAAUACAGUCUAUAUAUACCAACAAGCUCUCCAGCAAGAUCGCACCACACAGAUAACCAUUUUAAUUAAAUAACCAUGAUGAAUACACGAGCUGCUCUCUGCAUUAUUUUGGCCUACUUCCUCUGUGGAGCUUAUGGAGCCAAGCUUACUUUCAACAACAAAUGUCCAUACACAGUGUGGCCAGGCACCUCAGCCAGCGGCCAAAACCAGCUAUCAAAAACAGGCUUCGAGCUAGCAUCUGGCGAAUCCACCUCCCUCAAUGUCCCUUCCCCAUGGGAGGGACAGUUCUGGGCCCGAACCGGCUGCUCCAGCAGCUCCGACAAGUUCACUUGCACCACCGGGGACUGUGGCUCAGGCCAAGUCACGUGCCACGGUGCCCGCGCACUUCCACCCGCAACCACAGCAGAGCUAAGCGUGGCAGCUAACCGCGGAAACGACAUAUAUGCAAUCACCAACGUGAACGGGUUCAAUGUUCCUAUGUCCAUUGCUCCGCGAGGCGGAACCGGUGAAUGCAAACUCUCCAGCUGUGCCGCGAAUAUCAACGAGGCAUGCCCGGUGAAACUGCGAGUGAAAGGGAAUGAUGGGAAGGUGGUUGGUUGCAACAGUGCGUGUGUGGCUUUCAACGAGGCGAAGUAUUGUUGCACUGGUGAGUUUGAGUCGCCGGAGUUAUGCAAGCCAUCAGAGUACGCUUUGUUUUUCAAAAAGAAGUGUCCUCUGGCUUAUAGCUACCCUAGCGAUGAUGAAAGCAGCACAUUUUCAUGCUCCAGAGCUGACUACACCAUCACAUUCUGCCCCUAAACUUAUACACAUAGAACUAGCUAGGACAAUGCUUGGUUAUACAUGAUCAGCAGAAAAAGAAUAAGAAACCCCUUGGUUUUAAUUGAAGAAUAAACAAACAAUCACCUUUUGGUGAUUGCAUGUAUUCUGCAGUUUUCUUGAAUGGUCAUAUACUUCAACGACGGUUUUUAAUCGCUUCAGACGGAUGGUUAAAAACUAUGUAUUUUAUAUGUGAUUGAUUAGACCAAUCAAUUCAAUUUCUUAGUUU